GCCCCUUUGCCCGGCCUCCGGGCUCUCCCGUAGCCAAUAUGGCGGCUCCCUGUGUGUCCUGCGGCGCCGCAGCUUUUUACCGGCUCUUUCUCGGAGGUAGGGUUAGCCUCACCCGGAGACAAGGCGUUUGGAAAGCCGCGGCUGCUGAGUUGCAGACAGGUACUGGAUUCCAGAUAUUAAGGCUAAGGCACACCACAGGUGUAACAACAAAGAAAAAUAUUGCAGCCUUAAGACGUGAAACUUACACAGUGGAUUUUAUUAAAAAGCAAAUUGAAGAGUUCAACAUAGGAAAGAGACAUUUAGCCAACAUGAUGGGAGAAGAUCCAGAAACUUUCACACAAGAGGACGUUGACAGAGCUAUUGCUUACCUUUUUCCGAGUGGUUUGUUUGAGAAGCAAGCCAGGCCAGUAAUGAAGCAUCCUGAACAGAUUUUUCCAAAACAAAGAGCGAUCCAGUGGGGAGAGGAUGGCCGUCCAUUUCAUUUUCUCUUCUAUACCGGCAAACAGUCGUAUUAUUCAUUAAUGCAUGAAGCAUAUGGAAAGCUACUAGAAGCAGAAAAACGUCAGAAUCAGUUGCAAGCCAAAGGUCUAUUUUCAGAAAAAACUGAAACCAAAGACCUGAUUGGCAGCAGAUGGCUGAUUAAGGAGGAACUAGAAGAAAUGUUAGUGGAAAAACUGUCAGAUCAAGAUUAUGCACAGUUCAUUCGGCUGCUGGAAAGGUUAUUGACGCUGCACCGUGGUGCCGAAGAAGAAUUUGUACAGAGAUUCCGUAGGAGUGUAACUAUUCAAUCAAAAAAACACCUGAUUGAACCUGUGCAGUAUGACGAGCAAGGAAUGGCCUUCAGCACCAGCGAAGGUAAAAGAAAGAGCGCAAAAGCAGAAGCAGUUGUUUAUGAGCAUGGAAGUGGAAGAAUAAAAGUAAAUGGAAUUGAUUACCUGCUUUACUUCCCAGUGACACAAGACAGGUUUGUUUCUCGUUUUGCAUUUGUGUUUUGUCUUUUUAUUUAUUAAAAAGGCUUGUGAUUUUCUGAUUAUAUAUGUCUGAAUGAUAUAAUUAAUUUAAAUCAAACUAGCUAGAGGGAAGCUGUCACUAUCUUUUUUAUGCCAUUUUCCAGAUUUUGAAAAAGCCUCUGUAGAAUUCCUCAUUAAUUGAAUCUUCCUGUCUCCAUCAGAUCCUACUGGAAGUUGAGUAUUUUAGAUGUAUCUUUUUUUCUGAAAUGCAGACUGAGCCAAAAUGAGAGAAGAGUCGAGUCCCACCUUCUGUUUCCCUAGCUGGGGGGCAUAUGUGCACAAAACAACACAAACCAACCUUGGCCCUUAACAGCAUAAGUACCAGAAAAAAUCUGCUUUAUCACUCUGAAUUUUUUUCCUACUCAGAGGAAACUGAUUACAUAUUGAGCAAGCAAAGAAACCUGACGUUGAUGUGUUAAAAUAAGAGCUCAUCAGGCUUUGCUUUAGUUCCCGGUGCCAAAUAUGGCAGUUUUAUUUUUUGAGCUUUGUAUCCUUGGAGAAAUAGACAUUAAUCAUAAAUAAGUAUUACAAUUCAUGUCCUCUAAAUAUGCUCAUCUUUGAUCUCUGUGAAUC